AUGUUAUCAUUGCAACAAUACAAUAAACAAUUACCUGAAAUAGCCAAACUUGUAUCAAGAUGGGACAAGGCCAGCCGGGUUCAACUCAUUAAAGAAAUCUCGGAUCACAUUCUUGUCGUGAACAUGCGACAAAAGCAGUUUCUUACAAUCGAACUGCAAAUUAACUACGAUAAAGUAUAUCAGGUACCUUCCAUAAGGUUCCGGUUAUGGGAACAUGCUUUGGAUGAUGAAGAUGUGUCCUCGAGUAAGCUUUUAUUUUUAUCUGAUGUCGAACUACGGUCUAUAAUCGCCCUAAAUUCCUUUUCAGUGUCACUUUCAUCAGAUCCCACCACUAAAGAAGUUUGGUAUCAUGUCAAUAACUGCGAUACAGAUGCAAAUGUGGGCACAGAGCCUGAAAGAUAUCUUCUUCGUUGGAUAUCUCUAUAUUUGCAGAUCUUUGAUCCUACAUUAAAUAUCAUGCUUAUAUAA